ACCCACUGCCGUCACGUGGUGGGGCGCAGGGUUCAGCCUCAGGCUGGUGUCGCCGCGCCGUAUUCGCCAUGGAGCUGGUGCCGAGGACCUCUCCCGUGGUGCUGCUGCUGCUCUUGCUGCUGGGCCUGAGUACCGGAGCAGUCAUUGACUGGCCCGCAGAGGAAGGAAAGGAAGUGUGGGAUUAUGUGACUGUCCGCAAGGAUGCCCACAUGUUCUGGUGGCUCUAUUACGCAACUAACCCCUGCAAGAACUUCUCAGAACUCCCUCUGGUCAUGUGGCUUCAGGGUGGUCCGGGCGGUUCCAGCACUGGAUUUGGAAACUUUGAGGAAAUUGGGCCCCUUGACAGUGAUCUCAAACCACGAAGAACUACCUGGCUCCAGUCGGCCAGUCUCCUAUUUGUGGAUAACCCUGUGGGCACUGGGUUCAGUUAUGUGAACAAGAGUGAUGCGUAUGCCAAAGACCUCGCCAUGGUGGUGUCAGACAUGAUGAUUCUCCUAAAGACCUUCUUCGAUUGCCACAAAGAAUUCCAGACGAUUCCAUUCUACAUUUUCUCGGAGUCCUAUGGAGGCAAAAUGGCCGCUGGCAUUGGUCUAGAACUUUAUAAGGCUGUUCAGCAAGGGACCAUCCAGUGCAACUUUGCUGGCGUUGCUUUGGGUGACUCAUGGAUCUCCCCUAUAAAUUCGGUGCUCUCCUGGGGACCUUACCUGUACAGCGUGUCUCUUCUUGAUGACCAAGGUCUGGCAGAGGUGUCUCAGGUUGCAGAGCAAGUCCUGGAUGCCGUGAAUAAGGAGCACUAUGUAGAGGCCACCCAGCUGUGGGGGAAAGCGGAAAUGCUCAUUGAACAGAACACGGAUGGGGUGAACUUCUAUAACAUCUUAACUAAAAGCGCUCCCAUGGCUGCGAUGGAGUCGAGCCUGGAGUUCACCCAGAGCCACCUAGUUCAUCUUUACCAACGCCACGUGAGACACCUACAACAGGAUACCUUAAGUCAGCUCAUGAACGGUCCCAUCAGGAAGAAGCUCAAAAUUAUUCCUGAGGAUUGCUCCUGGGGAGGCCAGUCUGCCAGUGUCUUCCAGAACAUGGAGGGGGACUUCAUGAAGCCGGUCAUCAGCAUUGUGGAUGAGUUGCUGGAAGCCGGGGUCAAUGUGACCGUGUAUAAUGGACAGCUCGAUCUCAUCGUGGACACCAUGGGUCAGGAGGCCUGGAUGCGGAAAUUGAAGUGGGCCGAACUGCCCAAAUUCAAUCAGCUGAAGUGGAAGGCCCUGUACAGCGACCCUCAAUCUUCUGAAACGUCUGCUUUUGUCAAGUCCUACAAGAACCUGGCUUUCUACUGGAUUCUCAGAGCUGGGCACAUGGUUCCUUCUGACCAAGGAGACAUGGCUCUGAAGAUGAUGAGGAUGGUGACUCAGCAGGAAUAGGAUGGACCGGAGGUGAGUUGCUUGGCCUUGGGGCACAGGGGCUGAAGCGAGCACCCUGCAGCUGUAGGAGGCACUGCUCUCCCUUGAACCCACUCGCCUGUGCGCGUGAAGUUUCCUGCCCGCUUCUCCAGAGAACAGAAUCGCUGCCUCCGUGGCAACUUGGAAAUCAGUUCUGCUUCUGAACAAACCUAAGUUGUUUUCUUCUCUAAUGGAUUUGUUUUCAUCAAAAUGAAAGGUUGAAAUAAGUUAACAUGUUUGUAUUACGAAAGUAAAUUAUGUGGUUUAUGGGGGAAAAAAAGAAAGACAGGUAAACAACAAAAUAAACACCCUUUUACUCCCUUCCCCGGGAUAAGUUCGGCUGUCAGUUUAGUGUCUGUCUUUGGAAGUCUUUUUUUGCUAUAUAUGCAUGUAUAUUUUUUACAAGAAUGGAAUCAUUACCGUAUGUUGUUUUACUGCCUUGUUCACAUAUCCGUUUGUCCUAAACACCUCUUCAUGUCAGUAAAGUUUCUUCUGUAACA